GCUACUACAACAUAUUAACGAGUAUAACAGUUCCAUUAAAUCUGAUUGGUUUUAGUAUGGUAAAAUCUGGAGCACUAACCAAUAAGUGUGGCAGCUAGUAGGCAACCCAGAUCCCUUUUUGAGAGUAAACAAAAUGUUGCAUUGAAAUGCAUGAUGAAUGUCAAAUGCAAAGAGAUGUACGAGAAGGGCAAAAUGGCGUUUUUUGUUGAUGAGAAAUUUUUGGUGAAACAAGUUUUGAGUGAAAAAUUUAAUAUAAAAGAGAUUUCGUUGUAGUUUUAAUCAUUAUUAAUAAGAACACACAAUUCGAAAAAUAAAGUGAAGCAAAGAUAAUCAGUAAAAAUGUGAUAUUGUAAUCAGAAAAGACAUACAUAAAUAAGCAGAAUUUUCAUAUUAAACGCCCUCAUUAUUAUCUCUCAUACUCCCCUUGAAUAAUCAUGCAACAACAACAAUAGUGCUGCUGUGAUGCACAAGUAGAACUUGUCAAAUGCAGUUUUUGCAGCAGAUACUUACAUAUAAUGAAAAUAACAAGUGACGGGGCAUAAAUUUGUGACGAGAAAGGGAAACAGCCAAUGUGAAUUGUGAAAAGUGAAAAUCGAUUGAAUAUUAUUUUUGCAUAAAUACAUUUUUUUUCAUUUCUAAUCAAAAACUAUCGUGAUAAGAAAUGCAGAUAUAUUUUAUAUGUACCUACAUUUGCAACAACAAAUUUGUAUAAUGAUCGCUGCAACAUAUGCCCAUUAUUGCCAUAAAUAUGUGGUUGUAAGGCGUACAUUAAAAAAGUUAGAAUAUUGAGAAGCAUAAUAAAAACGACAAACGCAUUUCGCUUCAGUGGAGCGUUAAGUUGUAAACGAAUAAUUUGUGUUGCCCGCAGCAUUACAAUUAUCGUUAGUGGCAACAGCAGAUCAUUUUACUUGCAACGAGCACGCGAUUACCACAACUUUACCGCCACUCCCAUAGGCAUACAAAUGAGUUAUAAAAGAUCUGUGAAGUGCAUAUAUAAAAUAGAGCUUAAAUUGGGGCAUUAAAAUUCAUUAGCACCCGACCAUGGAAUUGAAAGUUUGGGUGGAGGGUAUUCAACGAAUUGUAUGUGGAGUUACUGUGAAUACAACAUGUCAGGAUGUGGUAUUUGCGCUGGCGCAUGCCACUGGGAAAGUAGGCCGCUUUACGCUCAUUGAACGUUGGCGCAACAAUGAGCGCUUGCUGGCGCCAAACGAAAAUCCGCUUAAAUUAUUACUGGAAUGGGGUGAAUAUGCCAAUGAUGUGCAAUUUAUACUGCAACGUUCGGAAAAUAAGCAACAACAGUCAACAACGCAACGUGUAGAUAAUUCUGUAGCCAAUAACAAUAACACUAAUAAUGCAGCUGUGAUGUUGAGAAAGCCUUUAGGCUUAAGCAAUAACAAUAGCAAUAGUCAUAGUAAUAUUAAUAACAACAACAACAACAACACCACCAACAAUACGAAUCGUAACUACAAUCCACAUCAAGCAAAGUCACCACACUUGAACAACCUGGAUACAAAUUUAAAUAUAUCGCCACACCUUGAAAAACCACGUGAAUUGAAGAAAAAGAGUUUUGGUGCUCACGAUGCAAAACAUAUUGAAAAUAUUGGUAUUGUCAAAGGUAUACCACAACGUCACAAUAACAAUAAUAACAUCAAUAAUAAUAUUAAUUUACAUAAACAACAACGAAGUGUGCCGGUACAAAAUUCUUCACCAACAAACUCAAAUUCGCCACAACUCGCAGCUAUUUCACGUUCACAUACUACAUCAACUGACAAUAAUAACUCGUCAGCCUUACCUCAGCUCAUCCCGCGCCACGAAAAAUCUCAUUCAAAUCCCACUGAAAUGCCACGAACCCACAGUCAUGCUUUUACCGAUGGUGUUGGGAUUUUUCAUGAUUCGCAGCAAAGAAACAAUGACGGUAACAACAAUAACAACAGCAACAAUAUAUAUCAACAAAUCGGUGCUCAGAACAGCAAGUCAAUCAAUGAAAUUAAUUUGGCUGUUGUGCGUGAGUCGCUGGAUCGUCGCAUAGCCACCAACAGUCCGGACGUGUUGUAUGCCACACCACAUAGCAACAACUUCAAAAACAACAAUAGUAGUAAUAGUUGCAGCAGUAGUAGUAGUGAAAAUCUACUUGACAUCUACAAUGGCAAUGUGAAUCGUAGCGGUGGUGAUAUGCCACCGGAUUUGCUAUACAAAAAUGCGCCAACAAUUUCGUCAAAUGGGGCAUUAGUGCCACCACCUUAUCGCGAUCCACCACCACCGCGCAAUAGCCCGUUACAAUUGCAGCAGCAACAGCAACAACAAUUUUUAACGAGUGGUAUGAGCAAUGCAGCUGUGAACCCUUUAACGCAUGAUUACAACAAUGUAGGCGAUUAUGAUGUGGACUUUCAGCGCUUAGCUGAAGGUGGCACCGGUAGUGGUGGUGGAGGUGGUGGUGGUAGCAAUGGCAGUGUGGGUAGUAUUGAGGAGAGCGAAAGCAUUUUUCAGGCGACCCAGUAUAGUGAUUUAAUGCAGUUGAUCAAAUUUCAACGCGAAAAAAUAUCUGCGCAACAACUGGAAUUGAGUAAAUAUGAUGCCGAAAUAGUUUAUUUGGAAAAUAAAGAACGCGAUCAAGCGCAAGAACUUGAAGCGAUUUCACGCGAAAUCACCAAAGCAGAUCAGAUAUUUCGUCAGGGCAGUGAGCAGUUGCAAACACUUCAGUAUGUAGAGGAAGAAAAUGAGCUGGUGAAACAACAGGAGAAAACAUUGAAAUCCGAGAUUGCUUUAUUGCGUUCAAAAUUGGCCAAUUGUGAAACUGAAUUGCUACAGUGCAAAAAUAAAAUACGUCUGUUGAUGAACGAUAUUGAGGUGGAGCAACGCAGCAAUGCCACUAAACAGAAAGCAAAUAGACAAAAUGUUGAGCGUGAUUUUCUCAUGGAGAUGGAGCGCAUACAAAGCGAAAUCGAUCAAGCUAUACACAAUACAGAUACGUCUAAUAAAACAGCAGAGAAUUUGAAAAAAGAAAUUUUAUUAAUUGAAAAUGCGAUCACAGAGAAGAAACGACAAGUGGAGCAAUUGGUGAAUGAGAUGAAGGAAGUGAAUCUGCAAAGUCUCACCGUUACAACAUCUGAUGAGAUCAAACACUUUUUGGAAGGUUCAAAUAAACCCGGUAGCAGUCGUCGUAUAAUCGGCUCACCAAGACAAUUGGAAAAUGCAGUGCCGACCAGCAAGAAUCCACAUGGUGUUUGGGUAUAAAUAUGACACAGAAUAUAAAUAUAAAACAAGAAAUUUACUAAUCUGCGAAUAUGCUCUUAAAUAGAGUUUUACAAAUCGAAUAUAAUCCAGAUUGACACAUUUUAUUAAUGACUUAUUAUCAUAAAAUUCUUUGAAAACUACUAAUAUCAAAAAUAUACACGGAUUGUUAAACGUUUGCAUAAACUAUAAAUAUAUAAAAAAAUUUUAGCAGUACUCGUCACAAAAAUGAAUAGGAAACAUAUUUCUGCAUCGAAUUCUACAUUAACGAAAAAUAUACAAAUUCCACAUAUCCUACAAGCAAAGAACAAAAAACACAAACACAUUUACACUUAGCGACUUAGUUGAAAUUAUAAUAUACAUUAUAUGAUUGAAAAAUGUGCUUAAACUUUUAUGGUAUACAAAAUAGCAUAAAAAGCUACUUGCAACAUUUUGUUAUAAGACAAAUUUUGAUGUUCAACAAAAGCUUACACACAAAGAUCUCUACUGAAACUUUAAAUGUUACAAAACUCUUAUAAGUGAUUUAUUAUUGAAAGGCGAAAUUGUCACAUUAAACACAUACAUGCAUGCAUAUGCGCCAGGAAGUAUCUGUAGAAGCUACGCAUAAAAAUGCAUUAUGCCAAGUAUAUAGGCAAUACUUGCUAUAUAUUAAAUGCAAUACAUAUACAUUCCAAUUUUACUACAUCUUAUAUUAAUUAGCUAUAUUUUUGUGCCUAGAAAGUCAAAUGACAUUUUAUUGUAUAAUUUUAAUAUUUGUUUUGGUAGUUUGUAGUCACACAUACAUAUAAUUGCAGUACUAAAGACAUAUUAGUUUAAUAAACACACUACAGAGUGCAAAUUUACCACCAACAACAGUAAAUUAAAACAUAAUAAAUAAAAUAAAAACACAAAAAUAAUGCAGAAGUAUGCAAAUGCAUAAUUUAGUGGACAAAUUGUUGGUUAAAAAAUGAAUAUGUAUUAAUAAUUUAAAAAUUCAUAUCAUAUUGCGUUACAACCGAUUUGUAAACUUACAAGUGAGCGCAUUGAAUUUUUCAUUAUACGAUUAAGUUAAUUUUUAGUGUAGUUACUGCUUUGUGAAAUCCAUUUGUAUAAUUAGCUAAUGAAUUUGUAUAAAAUCGAAACUUUGAAAAGUAAAAUUUAUAAGCUUCGGCAAAGCGUGUCCGCAUUAAUUUGCAUGUGAUGCAACAUUUGUUGAAUGGACUUUUUAAAAGAUUCCGACAUUUAUU